UACUUUGAACGCAUCAUUCGUAUACUGCCUGCCUGUUUGCUCCUGUAGUGGCUACGUGUAGUUUUAAAGGAAAAUGGCAGAUAGAAAAAACAAUAAUGUUCCCAAUACGAGCGCAAAUUUGUUAUUGAACGCCGGUCCGGAGUUCACAUUCAAUUUGCCUUUCAUGCCAGUGAGUCAAGCCUCUGGUUCGGCGGUGCUGUCAGGAGAGGAUUCUACUGAUGUCGGCGAGGAAGACAGCUUCUUGGGUCAGACUGCUGAAAAUGCGCCAGCUCCCUCUACCUUCAACUACUUCUCCAACCCAGUAUCCAGCAGCGACCCGUUUGCGUCUAUUGGCCAACCACAAUGUCCACCACUAUCACUGGCAGGCGCAUCAAUGACAACCAUCACUGGAUCUGUUCCUAGCAGCAUUAACAUGGCACUGCCACCACCUCCAAUCUCACAGUUAAACAACGCUCCUCCUGCAUUUGGCAGUACAGUGAAUCAGAGCCCAAUGGGACGGCAUACUCCUUCCCCUGGCACGAUGACCCCGCCUCCUCCGCAAAUGCCGCAACAUAGUCAUAAUCCUUAUCGACACACUCCCACCAGCAGCAAAGCGAGUCCGUAUAUUGCAGCUCCUGAGGUCCUUCCACCAAGCCAGCCAUCACAUCAGAAUCCCUAUUCUGUCAAUCCGGGGCCGGAAUCAUUCCACAUGUUCACAAAGGCUCCUUCCACUCACAUUCAUGCUCCUCCCCCGCCAGCUAACCCUGCCGGUGCGCUCGUACCUGCUGGCAUGAGUCUACAGCACAAUUACAAUGUUUAUGAACCUGUUCAGCCUCACUGGUUCUACUGCAAGUUAGUAGAGUUAAGAAGUGUGUGGCUUCCUUUCAGCAUAAUUGACUCCCUCCAGCUUGAGGAGACAUAUAAUUCUGUUCAACCAGACCCAGAAAAUGUGAUUGUCCGUACAGAUGGUGGCCGUUUUGAUGUGCACCUGUACGACCGCAUGCGCUCAGCAAUUUACUGGGAGGAGGAUCCCACAGAAGUGCGGCGCUGCACUUGGUUUUACAAAGGGGACACGGAUAGUCGAUUUAUUCCUUACUCUGAGGAAUUUAGUGACAAGCUAGAGGCAGAAUAUAAGAAAGCUGUGUCUACUAACCAAUGGCACCGUAGACUGGAGUUCCCAUCUGGAGAAACCAUAGUCAUGCACAACCCAAAGGUGAUUGUGCAAUUUCAACCCUCUUCCAUGCCUGAUGAGUGGGGGACAACUCAGGACGGACAGACCAGGCCCAGAGUGGUGAAGAGAGGGAUCGACGAUGACCAUGAUGAAGUCCCUGAUGGUGAGCUCUCCAAGGUGGACCAUCUCGUGUUCAUGGUUCAUGGUAUUGGUCCUGUAUGUGACCUUAGGUUUAGGAGCAUGGUUGAGUGUGUGGACGACUUCCGCACUGUGUCACUGAAGCUGCUGCAAAGUCACUUUAAGAAAUCAUUGGAUGAUCACGCCAUCAGCCGGGUGGAGUUCCUGCCUGUCCAGUGGCACACGGCUCUACAUGGAGAUGCCACAGGGGUGGACAGGAGAAUCAAGAAAAUCACUUUACCCAGCACAGGACGUUUACGUCACUUUACAAAUGAGACCUUGUUAGAUGUGCUGUUCUACAACAGUCCUACGUACUGCCAGACCAUCAUGGACACAGUUGCCUCAGAGAUUAACAGACUACACACCCUGUUUUUGAAGAGAAACCCGGAUUACAAAGGGGCAAUAUCUGUGGCUGGACACAGUUUAGGAUCCCUUAUUCUAUUUGACCUGUUGUCAAAUCAAAAGACUGAUACAACCACUCCCUCUAUACACACUGUGAAUGGAGACAGCAAACAGGUAGCAGUUCCACAGGCUGUCACCCCUCCAGCUGUGGAGGAGGAGCCAAAAGAAGAGGGAGAAGAGUUGGAGGACCUUUCUGCUGUGCUGGAACAUCUUGGCCUGUCUGAGUACAAGAGCACCUUUGAUGAGGAAAAGAUUGACAUCGAAUCAUUUCUCAUGUGUACAGUUGAGGAUUUGAAGGGAGAUGGGAAUCCACUUGGCCCUCGGAAAAAGAUCGCCAAAUUUGUCAAGGAAAGAGUGGCUAUACAGGCAGCGGCUCAGGAGAAAAAAAUGCAGGUCCAGGCAGCCAGUCAAGUUUUGGAGCCCCCACACGGUGGUGAAACGCUUCCUGAUCCCAGUGUGAAAAAGUUACCUGUGGGUGUCUCCUCCAUCCAUGUGGACUACAACUACUUUGAAGUUGGCACUGGGCAGGUGUCUGUGGUCUACCACAAUCUGGACUUCCAUCCAGUGAAUUUCUUUGCCCUGGGUUCUCCAAUUGGAAUGUUCUUGACCGUCAGAGGUCUUGAGAAGAUUGACGAGAGCUAUCAGCUUCCAACGUGCAAAGGAUUCUUCAAUAUUUACCAUCCGUUGGACCCUGUUGCAUACAGGAUGGAGCCCAUGAUCAUACCGGACUUGGAAUUGAAGCCUGUUCUGAUACCACAUCACAAAGGAAGAAAAAGGCUGCACCUUGAGCUGAAGGAGUCACUCUCCAGGAUGGGCUCGGACCUGAAACACGGUUUCAUCAGCUCGCUCAGGAGCGCCUGGCAGACACUCAACGACUUCGCUCGCGCCCACACGUCGUCUGCUCAACUUCAGGCUGAGCUGGCAAUUGUGGCCAAUCAGAUCGAAGAGCAGGAGAAGAGGGCACAAAAAUUUUCUGAGCAAAAAACUCUAGAAAUGCCUGAGCCCCAAAAAGAGGAGGAACCUCAAGUGAGGAUCGGGAUGCUGAAUGGAGGAAAUCGUAUUGACUUUGUCCUGCAGGAGAAACCCAUUGAGAGUUUCAAUGAGUACCUCUUUGCUCUUCAGAGUCAUCUCUGCUACUGGCAAUCUGAAGACACAGCUCUGCUUAUCCUGAAGGAGAUCUACAUGAGCAUGGGGGUCCAACCAGAACAUGUGAUGUGCUCCUGACUUUCAUCAGCGGUCCAAAAGGCCUGAAGAGCGUCACAUGCCGGAAGGUGCUGGAUUCCACUUUGGAGAAGAAAAGCUCAUAAAGUGAGCCUUUGUCUCGCUCGGUCCUGUGAAUGCCUGUGAACAUGUGGCAGUCGCUUUACUGGAUGGAAGAGUAGUCAAUGUGCAGCUUUUAUGACAACUUUCAUGUUCUUCAUAAACUGUGAAGGAUCUGCUCACUUUUGUGUAUUGCUCCUGAAAAGUUGCUAAUAGAUAAUUAUGGCUAUUAUGAGUCAUGCUAAUUAGUGAAUUGUUUUAAAUGCAGAUCCCCUCAGGAUUGUGGGCGUUUGUUGCGUGGCUUGUGCACGUCAUAUAAAAAGUCAAAUCUAUCAUUAGUGUCAUUGUUUCACGAUACAUUAUGCGUUUGAGCUCUAAUGGUGCAUUGUGUCUGUUUUUUAUUUGUAAAAUGUGCCAUUGGACAUUCUUGGCACUAUCGCAGGUCGUUGAGUUUGAGUUUAUUUCGAACAUGCAAGCAUACAGCAUGACAAAUCACAAUUUCCAGUUUUCCUUUUCAACAUGUUCAAAAGGAGUAAGAAGAAGAAGAGCUUAUUUAAUCCUACCCCUUUUCUUUUACAUAACAGUUGCUAAAACUUUUUGUUCACUUCCUGUUCUCAAUUUAUUCACAAUAUACUCCAUAAGUAAGUCGUGACUCCUGCACGCUUGUGGAGUUGUUCUGGGCGUUUCCACGCCUCACUUUUCAUGACAGUCGUGAUGCACACACUAGUGCAGGUGUCCUGCAUGUCUGUCUCCUUGCUCCAAUGGCGAAUGCGUCGCUUUUGCGGUCGCUUUAGUAUUUGACCGAGAAAAGACAGGACGCACGAAACACUCGCUGGCUGGGCUGCACGAUUGUGGCUAUAAUAAUCACGAUUGUUUAUUAUGUUAGGUAAACCACAAAAUGUGGCCAUGUAAUUGGCCAUUAAAUUGUCAUCCAUCCAUCCAUCUUCUACCGCUUAUUCCCUUUUGGGGUCACGGGGUGCGCUGGCGCCUAUCUCAGCUACAAUCUCAGAUAAGUUCAAUCAAUCAAUGUUUACUUAUAUAGCCCUAAAUCACUAGUGUCUCAAAGGGCUGCACAAACCACCACGACAUCCUCGGUAAGUUAAACAAACAUUAUCCAUAUAUUUAAAGACAAUUCUGUGUUUUUUGUUAUUCAUUGGUAUUAACCUUUCAACAGUUUAUUUGUACAUAACUCUUUUUAGCUCUUUCUAUUUUUGAUGUUUUUUUGGGGGGCAAAUAAAAAACAAAAACAGUUAUGUUCCACAGGUGACCUGUGAGACCUAAGCUUGACCAACCUAUUUAUACAUUUGACAGUUUAUAGUGUGAAACAUUAAUAUUAAAUGACAAAAUACAAAAAUAAAGCGUUAUUUAGAGUAACAAUUUUACUGACAUUAAAGUCAUUAUUCAGCGUGCAAUUACAUUUACGCGGCCCAAGGAUUCAUACGCAUGCGCAGUAGCAGAGCGUGCAUGAAUUUCAAAAGGGAGCACGUCUACUGACUCUAUUUAGCACGAUGGCGAGCCUUUAGUCUUGCUGGUGGGACUCCCAAGGACACAAGCAAAACAGCAUGUUGUGCAGGCGCCCACCCCUUCAAGAACAGUGGUGUGGUCUUUAACGCACACUGAGCAAGAGUCCGCAGAAGGGAAGCCGGCGAGGUGUUCACGGAGCUCUGUGCACAUACACAAUGGCCUCUGGCGUGGGUGGCUGCCACUUCACGAGACGAGCCGCUGUUGCUUUUCUGCCACGACGGCUGUCAAAGUGCUUUAUUCAAUAUGCAGCGGACAAUCACCCUCAUUUAAUUGCAGCCCAAAUAGUGAUCAUGAUUUAAAUGUGAUUAAUUGUGCAGCACUGCUUCCUGUCUUUCACUUAAAUCGUGCCACAUGCUAAUUUGUAUCAGAAUGACAAUACAUAUUGCCACAAAUUUAUGAAUGUGUGUGAAAUACUGAAGUUAAUUGAAUGUGUAUUCUGACUUAUAAAUGUUGUUAAACGUUGGAUAUCCGUGUUAAAUAAUGCCAAAGCCUCAAAUCAAAUGUUCAUGCAUUUUGGCGUGAGCUUGCAUGCGGUUUUGAGUGCCUCUGAAGGCAGGGUUUUGCAGUCUGGCUAUGUUAUGACAUCACAAGGUUUACAUGGUUAUUUAGAAACAGAAAAUAAAGGUAGGAUAAUGUAUUACUUAAUAAAACUGUCGUGCGAUAUGUAGUGCCAUUUUUAUACAGAGACUGACUUGAUUAGCGAGUGUGUAGGUGUAGUUAAUGGAUGAACAUAUACACUAUUAGGUUUAUUUUAGAACCUAUUUGAAAAGAAAACAUUGUGGUGACGACUCCACAAACGGACACCUUGAAGAAAGACUCGAAAAGCCUGUUCAAACGUGACUAUGGAGCAACAUUUACCCCGAAGCGUAUCCAAUACAUUAUCUAGACCACAGGGAUGUCUUUUGAAUGUGGCAUAAAAUCAUUAUAGGUCCCUUUCGAGAAGUUCAUGUUGAGAAGGAAAUUGAGUUAUUGAUUAACAUGCACUCGUGUUUAGUUAGUUUUCAAUGAUGGUAUGCAAAUAUUCGAGUUGGUUCUGUUUGCAUGGCAGUUACCUUCUUUAAAAUCACUCUCUGCGUAAGUUUGCUUCUGCAUUGGGAUGUCAUCCUCCACGCCGUCCUCAUCAUCGGGGUUGUUGAUUAUAUCCAGCGCGGCCUCGAUAACCUCGGCAAGUUCGUCUCUACGAUCUUUGCGAGCAGGUUUCACCUCCGGGUGCCGCGUCAGUCCCAUCUCCAGCUGAUAAAUCUUGGAAGAGGUGAAGCUCUCAAAAGGCACUAGAGCGUACUCGUUGGGCAGGCGAGCGCCUGUGUGGACCUCGGCCUUCUCAAUUUGAGAGUGCAGGAAAUCCAGUAGAUCUCCCGGCUCUUGGUCGUUGUUCUGAGAUAGUCCCUGCACCCCGGGGAGCUCCUUCCUGUUCUCCAGGAGCUUCAGCUUCUCGCUCAUUUCCUGCAGUUCCUGCUUGAGCUGCGCAAUCUGCCGCUUCAGACUGGCGGCACGGUUUAGGUGGCGCUCCUCCUGCUCCUGCAGCAUGGCCUGAUAGUGCUCUUUCCCGUAAGUGUCCCCAGCUAGGCCCGGCAUGACAAUGCUGCCAUCAGCCGGAGUGUUGCAGUCCAGCAGGAAGGCAAAGAGCAGCAGCAGCAGGAGCAGGAAGAAGCCCAGGAAGAACCAGCGGACCCGGCCCUGGAGGAGCAAACCCCGUCUGGGCAUCACGCUCUCAUACAAGCCGGAGCAGACGACUCUGCAUUCCUUUGCUCUCUGACACCCACUUUUCACAUCACUGACGACAAAGAGUCACAGCAAUUACAACAAAGGUGUGGCGCACUCAUUUCUUGAUGAUCCGGUCUGAAAUUGUCUUCAACUUCAUCUCUUGAAAAAAUACUUCUAUGCAAAUCCAUGCGAUUGUCACCUUUAAGGGGUAGGGGCGGAAAAACAAAAGAUUUACACAUUGCACUAUUAACUACACCUCACAAGACUGAACACCUUAAGGAUAAAUAAAGUUAAGGUUUGAGAAACUGAGGAAUUAUUACACCUGCUUGGCCAGACGCAAGCAGGCUGACCCCAGUUACACAAGUUACAUAACCCAGAACAGUCCGCAUGCCUCCAAAGUUAACAAAACUAAAAGGACAUAA